GCUACGUUACUUACAACGUGCAGACCCAGCAAGUGGACCGUCAGUUCACUCCAAUUGCCAAGCGUGGUGAUUUUGCGGCAAUGAAAGGCUGGACGCCUCUCACCAGCGCAACAGAGGCAGCGUUAGGGGAGCGCCUCAAGGCCGAUCCACAUGCGAAUUAUCUCGACCUGGCCAAGCUUGCUAAAACCUCUCAGGCCGAACUUAUUCCUGACACUUUCUUGCAGACCUGGGUUCAGAAUCACCGGCCACAGCACGAGGGCCAACGCAGCCGCAGCAAGAGUAAGUUUGGUUGGAACCGCUCUGACUGGCAGCAGCUGCGUCGUGAUCUCGGGGAUGCAGAUGAUGUGUCGGCCGAUGCUGACGGGGCGCUUCCAGAUGUCCUCAAAGUUGCAGCCACAGAUUACAGGCCGGAGUCCACUGUCAUGGUCUUUGUCAAUCCCGCGUUGUUCUCUGAAGUGAUAAGCCGUCUUGCUAACAAGGGCUACGUCAAGCUGUGUGGGGAUGGCACCUACCGCCUCGUGGAUGACGGCUGGUCCUUGCUUACUCUCGGUGUCUUGACGAAGCAUUAUAGUCGAGACGGAACCUCGUAUGCGUUCCGCACCACUUUCACACCCUUGAUUUUCGCAGUGGCAAACACAGAGCGACAAGAGACCUACGAGUGCUUGUUCCAAGCAGCGUGCGCUGUGCCAAAGAGUGGUGUGACAUUGAUUUGUCAACGGCUGCCCGGCAGCGCCUGCAAGCGCGGCGCGCGACGGAAGGCUCCGCGCCAGCCCAAGGACGAGAAGACGGCUGCCUGCCGGGGCGGCCUCUUCUCCGUUGCCAAAAAGCACUUAUACAACAAGAAACUAGAGCCCAGAGAAGACAAGGUCGUGGACCGACUCCAGCGGUUCUACUUCAACAAUGUGCCAGCCCAGGAUGCUCGGCGAUUGUAUGGACUUAAGUCCUGGUCAGGUCACGCCGGCUACAUCUGGGAAGCUACCUGGUGGGCUGGUCCUGAGCGCCUUCAACCAGGUUCCGCCAGCGGAACUCAAGCGCAGGAGUCUUGGCGCCGCCGCAAACUCAAGAAAUAUUUGGGCAACCUGCGCGCAAGCAUCCCAGUGCUGACCAGGCAGCUGCAGGCGUUCGCGUCAUACACACUGAGCCAGCUUCGUCUAAAGGACGGAACCUUGCCCGAUGUCCCCGCAGAGCCCUUCCCCGACAAGUGGGUUCUAGAAAGCUCGCAGGCGCUGACGCGCGACGGGCGCACGGAUGCUGCUCAAUUUUACACCUGCAAGGCUUUCGCAACGCACAGCGACGCG